AUGUCGCAUCUUUGUCUGCGUUCCCAGAAGGUGAGACUGAGCCUGAAAGAAGGUUUGUUUCGGGGCGAGGUUUAUAAAUGGAUCAAAGCCUCCUCCGUCCAGAUCAUCUUCUCACUCAUCCUUCUCCAGACGAUGCUGCGCGACUCGGACGGAGCGAUGUUGUUGUCCUGGCUGCUGGAACUCCUCGUCCUCUCCUCCUUCUGCUCAGCAAUGUUUGAAACCGCUGAGAGCAGUGGAGAUGACCUCAACACCUACAACAUGACUAAUUCGUCUGAGUCCUCUGAUUCGCCCCCUUGGUUGUCUGACACUCCCAUGUCCCACAUGGCCCGCAUGUCCCACGUAGAACCGUGGCCACCCGGCAACAUGAGUGAUAUGACCGGAGACCCCGACUCGCCGAUGUUCCCAAUGACGUCCAUCUGCGACAUGCUGUGGAACUCGCCGGUACCGCCGACCCUCGACCAGAUUCCCUUUUUCUGCCUCUGUUCGCACUGCAAGGGCACCGGGGGGCCCAAAGGAGACAGAGGAGACCGGGGCCUUCCGGGUGCACCUGGGAGUCCCGGGAGAAGGGGGAUGAUGGGGUUCCCUGGUCGUCCAGGAUUCACAGGCCGUCGAGGGAUCAAGGGUCAGAAGGGAGACCUCGGGGAGAAAGGGAGUCUCGGCGCUGUCGGUUUCACCGGCGUGAAGGGCCAGCGUGGCUUCAAAGGAGACAAAGGGGACCAAGGAAUGGAAGGCCCACCAGGAUCAGAGGGGCCCCAGGGCGAAACUGGUACAUGCCCUGCCUCCUGUGAGAGUCUACCAGGCCCCCCUGGGGAACAAGGAGUCCCUGGACCAGCCGGAACCCGGGGUCUUCCUGGGGUCCAGGGACCUAUGGCACCCAAGGGUAUUAUGGGCAAUAAGGGCGACAUGGGUAUGCCCGGUGACUCCGGGAUGAACGGCCAGAAGGGUGAUCAAGGUGAGCGGGGGUUGUGCGAGUGCACGGAUGGGGCAGACGGCUCUGAUGGGAAUCAGGGAGAACAGGGGGGUAAAGGGGACAAAGGGGACACUGGUGCCCAGGGUGUUCAGGGCUCCGUCGGGCUAAAAGGCAAUGAGGGCAGUAUGGGUCUCAUGGGGCCGCCUGGGCCCUGCUCCCCGGCCAUCCAAUCAGCAUUCUCUGCAUCUCUCAACCAGUCAUUUCCUGCUGCAAACUGGCCUGUUCCUUUCCAACGCAUCCACCUCAACAUGCAGGGGCACUUUGACACAUUCAUAAGCAUAUACACCGCCCCCAUCAACGGCACCUACGUCUUUACCUUCAGCCUGGCCAUCAGUGGAAAGCCUCUCAAGGUUGGCCUGUUCCUAAACUUCUCCCCCGUAGUCAAAAAAACAGAAGUGACCAUCCCAUCCACCAUGAGCCACACUGUUGUCCUCCACCUCACCAUGGGAGACAGGGUGUGGCUGCAGGUAAGGGACUCCAGCACUAACGGCAUGUUCACCGACCGUGAGAGCAGCAGCACCUUCUCAGGGUAUCUGAUGUACCCCGACUCCUGCCAAAUGCCCCGAGGACGAGGAUUUCCUAAUACCGGACCGACAGUCAUGCCGGCAUUCAAGCCGCAAGGCUAUAAAUGGGACAGCCCCACCCCCACCCCCACCACCCAUCCACCACAGUAG